UGGUAUAUUUGAGGCAAUUGCAAACGGUCACACUUAAAAUAAGAAAACAUUUGUUUUACAUUUGAGAUUCAAGAAAACAUACCAAUAUUGGCUUGAAUUGACUGUUACGAUUGAUAGCCAUGAGCACACCUCGCAAGAACUAUAACAACCUGCCACCCUACUGCCCACAAGGCGGCCAGUAUCCAUCGCAGUCCGCAGACUACAGAUCCCAGCAAUUUGGUGGCCAGCAGAAGCCACAAAAUCCAAACUUUGGCUUCUACGAGGACAAACAGGGCCAGCAAAAUGUUCCGCAUUUCUACCAGAACAAAUCACCACAGGAGCCGCAACGGCAUCGGCCCUACGGGCAGGGCAGGAACUUCGGACGCGGCGGCAACUUCCAUCGCAGGAACCAACAGAACUGGGAUCAGAAUCCGAGGCACCACCAGAACAGGGAGCACAACCAGAGCGGCGGCUCCUACGGCCAGUACUUCCACCCCUCCAUGCUGGAGGAUCCCUGGCGGGAGCUAAUGGAACGCCACGAGGCCAUCCACGGCCCCAGCACUAGCCGAACUUCACCGAAAGAGUUAGCGACUACUUAGGUCUGUUGCAUACUGAAGUUAAGGUGUAUAAUAUAAGACUAAGAGCUAGCGGAGAUCAUUUUAGUUAAUCCCUGUAUAACAAUUACCUAAAACCGAAAUAAGAGUUACAGUCUACAUACUCCCGUUAUGCCUUUUUAAGAAAUAUGAAAAAGGUUUCCAUUAAGUGUGUUAGCUACAUGAGAAUCAUGGAGUAGCUUGCUUUUGAGUAGUACUACCCGAGUUAAAACCCGCUCCGAUACCUUGAAGAAAGAACUACGGGUUAGAUUGUAACAUUUCAUACAAUUAAGCAACAGUUUCACGUAGGUGAAAUCCGUGUAUACACUAAUAAACUUAAGACUACCGUA